UAGUGUCAACCGAGCUCCUCGGGAGUCCCUUUAGAUAUUUGCGCAAAACAAUAAUAGAGAACGAACGAACGAAAGUUCCGAGAUAGUUAUUCGGAAGCACACGCGUAAUUGAAAAAAAAAUAAAAAUAAAUAAAACAAACAAACAACAAAACAACAUUGAUAUCGACGAAUAAGACGAAACGAGGAUCUAACGAUAAAUCAAUCCUAAAACAUUGCUAAUCGAACGAUCGAGUAAUUGGGGAAAAAACAUCGUCGCUAGACGCAAGUGAACGGCGAAAACUAUUCAAAGAAUAAGGCGUCUGAUCGAUAAUAAGAAUCGGAAAGUGAAAAUUGAUAACAAUAACAAAUAAUAAAUAGGUUUAGAUAAAAAGAAAUAACAUGGCGUUGAUAUUUGGGGCGAGAAAUUGGUUGGUGAUAUUCGUAAUCGCAGCUGCAUGCACCUGUGGUGCUCGUACGGAGUGCGAUGGACGUGGUCAGAUUUCAUUGCUAACCGGGAUCCACGAGGAUGGAUCAUGUCGUAAAGUUUCUAGCCGUGGAGUUCUUCUCUAUGAAGCCGCCCAGAUUAUUUUGGAACAGUACAACGCUAAAACCAACGGAUUCAAACUUGAAAUCCAGGUUUUGGACACCUGCGGGAGCAUAAGUGGUGCUCUCAAGGCAGCUAUGAAAGCUUUGGUGUCAGCGGACGUUAGUUGCCUGCAACCACCGCAUUAUUUAGGUAUUAUCGGCCCGGACAAUCCCACGAACGCCGAAGCCGUUCAGAAGGUUACUUCCGUCCUGAGAGUUCCGCACCUAGUAAGAAAAUCAUCGAGUUCCGCGUUCUUGCAUCAUUUGGCAAUGGAGAACAAUUCUUACAUCGUUCAGGGCGUACUCGAGGUAAUCGAACGUCUGAAAUGGAAAUCGUUCACAUUGAUCGCUCCGACAUUCGACGGGAGUGAAGACGACGUACAGAAUAUUGCGAAGAAAUUGACCGUAGAGGCGAUAGCGAAGAAUUUGUGCGUCAUUGUCCACGACAAUGAAGAAGGCGAUUUCACAUCGAAUGUCAUUCACGUUGGAAAACCUGAAGACAGCUUCUUCGCGGGUCCGUCAAACGCGACUGUUCUCGUCGUCAGCGAAGGUAGCUUGGAGAAUCAAUUGAAUCGCGUCAAUUCUUCGAAUACGAUCAUCCUAGUGGAGGACGACAGAAACCAAUUGAGCGAGCUGCAGGUCAGGGUUGAGAAAUCAAAAUGGUGGACAGGUGGUAGAACAGGAAAAUUUGACCCUGAAGAAUUGAGAGACGUCCGGUGGUUACAGGAUGCAAUAGAAACUUACGGAACGGCAUUGGACUCGAUUUGUAAGAAAAAGAAGUGUAAAUCUCAAGUGAAUUCGGCGGACUGGAACGAGAUGAUCGCGAAGAUUUUGUCCUCGCAAAACGACCAGUCGGUUCUGGAACCUCGAGGUCUGAAUAUUCUGAUAAAAAGCAAGGACGGAGAAAUGGAGAGUUUGGGGGAAAUCCUCGUCAAAGAGAACGAGGCGAUCAUAUCGUGGAAAGAUACGAAACCGGCAAUUCAAACGAAGAAGAAAGGCGUGGCGAAAACUGCGGAUGAGGAAGAGGAAGACGAUGACGAAACAUUGCCGGAAGUACUCAAAAAGAUCGCUGAAAAGUCGAAGAACGACGAAACCACGGAAGGUUGCUUAUCCGAGUUACACGAGGCGAAGCUCACCAAAGAUGAAGAGGAACAACAAGGGACGCACAUCGUCGUUUCGGAAAUGGACGACACCGAAUGGUGGACGAUGGUUGGCACGGUGAGCGGCGUGGGCGUUGCGAUGUUCGUAGUCGGGAUCCUGGCGGUCUAUAUCGUGUACACGAACAUCCGUGGACCUCGCAGUCCAAAAGGUCAAUCCUCCAGCAGGAGGCACAGCAUAGAAACGGGGCAGGGCUCUCCUCGCAGAGUCGGAAGUGACAGGGAGAUGCCAACAUCCGGUGGUGGCCGAUCCCAACGACAACAACGACAACAACGUCCCGUUCAUCGAAGAGACAGCGUGCAGAGCAACAUAUCCGACAGGAGCGUUUGAGUGCCAAAUUACGAAGUAAAAAGCUAACGGCGCGGGGUCCCUCUCUGCUCUUUUGAUCCCCCGAUCGCGCGCCAUAAAGUUUGCUUCUGUCGUUUGUCGCUGAUCAGGAUUAUCCGAUUUAAGUUUAUUCUACAAACGUGUAAAAUUCUUGGUUCGUUUUUUUUUUUCCAUGUUUUCCAGCUUUCAAGGCGUGACCUUGAUGUACCCAAACCAAAAUGGUAGCGCCGAAAGGGCCGACCUGACGACUUUUGUAAUUUAAGUAAAAAAAUUUCAUCAAUUUUUAUUGUUUUUCUUCAAAUUACUUUUUCUCUAUUUUAUACAUGGUCGGUUUUCGAUCGAAUAGAAAAGGGAAUCUAGUCAAAUUCUAAUCAACUAGAACGGGUUCACCUAAACGAAUAUUGAGCUAAUUAUGCAGAUUUCGAAAGAGGAUAUUGACGAAUAGAAAAUGCUGACCUGACAUAACUGAACUUAAUCUCUGUUAUAUUAUCGUGUAAUUACUAUAAUUUCACAGUUAUUGAUUCUAGAAGGUAAUGUGUAUUUAUGAUAUAUCAUAUAAUCUAAUUAUUAAGGUGUAACGAUAAGGAGGUCAACCGUGUAUAAUAAAAUGAUUACAUUGAAAAUGAAAUAAAAAUUAUAAACAGA